GUGGAGUAAACACAGGGCUGUUUCGUCGGCGACCAGGGCUGGCAAAUCGUCUGCCGGUGGUCCGUACAUAUUUCACAAAUUCCGGGUUAAAUUGUGUCAACAUGGACUCGCCGUUUAACGAUGGCUCGCAGCGACCUCCACAACACUCCCCCCACCCACUGGCGGACUAUCAGUUCUCCGCGGAGGAAGUGAAGGCGUUACGUGAGUGCAAUACGGAAUCGUUUUUCCAGCGGAGUCUGCCUUUCGGCACUGGUCUUGGUCUGUUGGCCUACUUUGGGGUCAAAAACGGGUAUCUGCAAGGACAUGGCAAAUACGGGGCCGUGCCCAAGGUAGUGAUGGGCGUCAUUCUGGGCUACUUUGUGGGCAAAUUCAGCUACCAGCAGAAGUGUGCCGAGAAGAUCAUGCGGCUGCCCAACUCCCACUUGGGCGAGUUGCUGCGUCAGCGGAGGCAGGGUGGCGGUGUCAUCAGCUCCAUCACACCGGACGAGAACCUAGGCAGGGCCUUCACCCUGGCCCCCUUCUCGCCCAGCUCGGCGGAUGUUUACAGCGAUGAGGCGUAUCAGCCGACCAGGAGCACAGCCCUCAACCUGGACACGGAAUCGCGCCCCACUAUGUCCGGCCUGGACGACAUCUACCGGCCCACGCUGGACUCAGCUGCUUCGAUGCUAGACACGGAUCUGCCCUUGGAGCCAGCCAAGCCGGGUCAGUCGUACGAAGAUCUGCGCCGAAGGAAUCGUGAAGAACACUCGAAGCACCAGCAGAGUCCCUACUCGCGGCCCUACGAACCAUCAGCUCCCGUCCAGCAGCGACCGGUGGAGCCAGCACGCAUCGAACCCGCUGGCAGAAAGAACCAAUACGGCGACUCCUGGACAGACUGAGCUGGCACAUUGGCACAUUAGGCAUUGUUAUUUUGUUGGACAUUAAACGCGCAUAAAGUUCUGUGUA